AGUCAGUGGGUGUGGGAGGGUUUCACUGAAGAGAUGACAUUGAUUUGUUUCUUGAACGGAUUUGAUGAGAUGGAGAAGGUCAUUCCACCAGGGGAAUUGUCUGGGCAAAGGCAUAAUGUGAAGGAAUUUGUCUUCAGAAAUAAUGAGUAGAUCAGUCUGUCCGGGGAAGGAAAAAGCAUGCCAGGGCUUUGAGUGACUGACUCAGGAAUUUAGAUCUAAUCUGUAGUUAUAGUGGGCCCUCAUAAAUCUUACUUGUGAGUUAGCCACUUUGUUCUAAAUCUGUUUAAUAGUUACUGUAUUUUCUACUAUGUACAUUUGUAUUUUUUAAAACUCUAACAGCCCUGAUCACUGCACUUCAGAUGUAAAAUUAAAUUUUGAUUCUGGUAUGGUUUGAAUGUAACUACAGACAGAUGCAGAAAUUGAAUGAACCAGGAAAAAGAAUUCUUUGACGUGACCUUCUUUCCUUAAAAACGUUUGAUGGGUGGAAUCUGUAUCACUAGUGGAAGCUGAGUAGUUGGGUUUUGUUGUUGAGAGAAAGGUCGGGGGGCCAUCAACAUGGCCCUGUAAGAAUCCUAUGCUCAUGUUAAAAUGUGUUGCAAGAUUCUGCUCGUCUUUGUAAUCUGAGUUUUGAUCAUCAGUGAUCAUUAAUCUUUGAGGACUGAAAAUAAGGAAUUGAUGAGCCUAAUGAUGAGAUUUUCUUAUUUUGAUCAUUAUUUAAAAUAACACCAUAUAUACAUACACACUACGGCUCCUUAACGACUUGUGCACCUACCAUACCCAUUGGCUUUAAAACGAUUUUUUGUUUAUCAUUUUUAUUUACUGGCACAACCUAUUCAUUUUAUUAACACUGCAGUAAUAGAAAUGAAAGCUAAUUUAAUGAGAAAGGAACUCAGAAAUAAGGUCAUUAAACAUAACAAAAUACAUCUUAAAUAUAAUAAAUACCAUGUAUUUCCUGAUUAAAUACCUACUCUAGCCUGUAUUUAGAGGAAAAGGUCAGAGACAGUUUCAAAGAUGAUGUUUCAUAUUAUUAGGUCCAUUUUUUAAAACUGCAAGAUCCUUUGGGAAGCAUCCCUUUGGUCUGUCCUUUUCAUCGGAGAUUUCUGUUGGCCCUUUGUGGGAAAUCCAUUCGUGUCUACACCUGCAUGGUCCCCUCUGCCUUUGCUUUUAUCCUUGGAUUCUUGUAGGGCUUUUUGAGAUCACAUGCGACCAAGAAAGGGGGAGAUCAGAGGGUCGAUGUACCCUGGGCAUUUUUGGAAGCCCAAGAGCUCGAUUGGAUGACUAUCCCAGGCUUAAGCUCCUCAGCCAAGACCCUAGGCCCAUGUGGAAAUGUCCACACUUCCCGACAGAAAGAUUUUAUCAAUCCUUCCCUAACUCAUUGAUGCAGUCACUUUAUGUGGCUGAAUUAGGACUGAUUAAGGCUUGGUGAGAGCCUGUUCUGUAUUCUGCGCAUUUUCUCUUUUAUCUUGUGGAGGACUAAGCCAAUUUUAUAGAUUUAUGCUGAAAGUGUUUAUUGACUGUCCCUAAGAUAGCUUUCAUGGCUGGAAGAAAUCAUUUGGGCUCUUUAUUACCCCACUUUAUAGAUCUGAUGACUACUGUUUUGAAUAGUUAAAUGUCCCAGCAUGAAAGGAGGGCAUUAUUAUCUGGAUGAGAGAAGCCCAGUUGCCUCACCACAGGUGAGGCUAUUGUUGCAGCCUUCUCAAAACAGAAACAAUAUGUUGAUGCUUUUUUUCUUCGUUCUCUGCCUUCUAGAAAUUCAUAGUUCAACUGGAGAGAUAGGACUUAGACACAGAAAGAUUAAUAAAGGGUUGGGAGGCCACUAAAAGUUAGCGAGUGCCUAUUUCCAAGACAACAGCGUCAGAGAGCAGCCGGGAGCAUUGACAGCAAGCUUCGGUUCCCUAGAGGACAGAUGAUGGUCUCCAGCUGCCAGAGAAGGUUGUGGAUGCCACGAGAAAGGUAACCAGUCCUCACCCCCGUGAGCGGAAGCGGAUGCCACUGGGAGCCCUCGCAGGCUGGCAGUAGAGAUGGCCGACUUCACAGGCUAUAAGGAUGCUGCCUCCAGCCGCCACCUGCGGUUUAAGUUACAGAGCCUCAGCCGCCGCCUGGAUGAGCUGGAGGAAGCCACCAAGAACCUCCAGAAGGCCGAGGAUGAGCUCCUGGAUCUCCAGGACAAGGUGAUCCAGGCGGAAGGCAGCAACUCCAGCAUGCUGGCCGAGAUCGAGGUGCUGCGCCAGCGAGUGCUGAGGAUCGAAGGCAAAGACGAGGAGAUUAAGAGAGCCGAGGACCUGUGCCAGCUGAUGAAGGAGAAAUUGGAAGAGGAGGAAAACCUCACUCGGGAGCUGAAAUCCGAGAUCGAGCGGCUUCAAAAGCGGAUGACUGAGCUGGAGACCCUGGAGGAGGCCUUCAGCAGAAGCAAGAACGACUGCACCCAGCUCUGUUUAAGCCUCAACGAGGAGCGAAAUCUGACCAAGAAGAUCUCCUCUGAGCUGGAAACGCUCAGGGUCAAAGUAAAGGAGCUGGAAUCUUCCGAGGACCGCCUGGAUAAAACCGAGCAGAGUUUGGUGUCAGAGCUGGAGAAGCUCAAGUCCUUGACGUUGAGCUUCGUAAGCGAGAGGAAAUACUUGAAUGAGAAGGAGAAAGAGAAUGAGAAGCUGAUCAAAGAGCUCACUCAGAAGCUGGAGCAGAACCGGAAGACACACCGCGACCACGUGAGGAACACGUCCAACCUGGAGAGGAAUGACCUGCGCAUCGAGGACGGCCUCUCCCCCGCCCUGCCCUGCAGGGAGUCCCGGCGCAAGGGCACGCUGGACUACUUCAAGCAGGUGGAGAAUGAAGCGAGAAACAGGUCGGAAAACGAAAAGAACCGAAACCACGAGGACAACAAAGUCAAAGACCUCAACCAAGAGAUUGAGAAACUUAAGACGCAGAUCAAACAUUUCGAGUCUUUGGAAGAAGAGCUGAAGAAAAUGCGGGCCAAAAACAACGACCUUCAGGAUAAUUACCUCACUGAGCAAAACAAAAACAAGCUGCUAGCCAGCCAGCUGGAGGAGAUCAAGCUGCAGAUCAAGAAACAGAAGGAGCUGGAGAACGGGGAGGUGGAAGGGGAAGACGCUCUCCUGUCUGGCAAGGGCCGGCCAGAGAGGACUAAGUUCAGGGGCCACGAGGCGCCGGCGUCCAGGAACUCGCCGCGGGAGCAGUCCCCCCAGCACCGGCGGGAGCGGCACCGCCACCGGGAGCUGCUCAGCAGCGACAACUAUGCCCUGAGCCACCGGCAGCUGUCCUCCCCCAGCUUCCCCGGCAGGCGGGCAGCCAAGGCCCUGGGCGUCGACCCCGGGGCGCAGGAGGCCAGGGGCCCCUCCCAGGGCGAGGGCAAGAAGGCCAGGGAGCAGCCGUCGGUGCUGAGCCGCUACCCGCCAGCCGCGCAGGAGCACAACAAAGCUUGGAAGGGGACGCCCAAGCCAGGCGCCGAGAGCGGGCUGAAGGGAAAAGUAGAGAAGGCGUCGCGGACGUUUAAUGAUGCGGCCCACGGAGCUCUGCCCAGCGACGUUUUGGGGCGAGUGGACAAAACCAAUGACACCUCCUCAGAGGCCCUCUUUGGCAAGAGGGGCCAGGUGCCGGGCAGUGGGGGGCAGGCUGCAGACUCUGGCAGUGCCAAGGCCACCGCGGCUUCGGCCUCGUCUCGAAGGUGCCCCUCAGAAGGGCUCUCCAAGGGCAAAAGGGCCGCCAACGGCCCAGAGGCCGAUGCCACUUCCUUGAACUCCAAGGCUCCACUUUUAUCCAAGUAUCCUUACGGCGCCAAGAGCCAGGAGAACAUCCCCCAGGGCUUUUCUACGCCCAGUAAAGAAGGCGCUGACCAGCUGGUGGCAGUGGCGGAGGACAGCGGCACGCAUGAGGCGCUGAGGUGCCGCGUCAUCAAGUGCGGUGGCCGAGAGAAGCCAGACUCAGAGGACGACAUGGACACGGCGUCUCUCGUCACCGCCAAGCUGGUGAACACCACCAUCACCCCGGAAUCGGAGCCCAGACAGCCGCCCAGCUCCAGAGAAAAGGCCAAGCCGCGGGGGGGACUUCGAACCUCCCUGUUUGAAAACGAUAAAGAUGCUGGGACAGAAAAUGAAUCUGUGAAGCCCGCCAGGGCCGCCGCCAGUGUGGCCGAGUUCCCGGAGACCAGCAGCGCAGGGGGCAAGAGCCACCGGCCCUUCAGCCCCAGGGAGGCCUUGCGGUCCAGAGCCGUCAUCAAGCCCGUCAUCAUCGACAAGGAUGUGAAGAAAAUCAUGGGGGGCUCCGGGACCGAGGCCACGCUGGAGAAGCAGAAGCCCACCCCCAAAGCAGGAACCAACAAAGUGAUGAGCAGCAUCACCUUCUACCCCUCCGACAGUGGCGCCCCCAGGGCCGGCCUGGCCGAGGCCCCUCGGGAGAGACACACCUCCACCAGCAACAUCCAGGUGGGGGCCCCCGAGCUCCCGCCGCUUGGCAACCACGUCAGCUCCCCCUUCGAGCUCUCCAUCCACAAGCACGACAUCACCCUGCAGUUCACAGAGGCUGAGAGAGUGGGGGACGGGCCCCUGAAGAGCAGGCCCGAGACGGUGGUGUCUCGGAGCAGCAUCAUCAUCAAGCCGUCGGACCCCGUGGAGCGGAACAGCCACGCGCCCGCCGCGGACACGCACAGGUGGAAAAGCCACGGCGCCCCUUUGGAGGUGGGCUCGUCCGACGCCAGGCACGUCACCGUGCGGAACGCCUGGAAGAGCAGGCGGGACUUGGACUCCCUGGAAGACCCCCCGAGCCGAGUGGGCAGACACGUGGAGGCCACCCACGCCUACACCCAGAGAUCGGCCACAGACUGUUCAGACCUGGAGCCGCCCAGGGCGGCCCGGAGGGCAGGGGAGGCAGGCGGCCCCCCCGAGCCGGCCUCCAGGAGGACCCAGAGCAGCCUCACGGUGUCGGAGGUGCUCACGCGUCGGAAGCGCGCGGGAGACGCCGCCGCGGGUGCAGCCUGGAACCACUCGGCGGGCGCGGAGGAAGGCGAGGACUGCGCGCCCGGGGUCUGCAGGCGAUCGCACAAUUCCCUGGAUCAGCCCGACCUGCCCGCGAGGCAGGGGCUGCCAGAGCCGGGGAGAGCACGAGCCGAGGAGUGGUCACGGCCCAGCAGGCCUUGUGCUGAGGAAAACUGAGCCAGCCGGUGAGGUCGCUGCUCCCCCGCCCCUGCUUCUCCACUCUUCCGCCUUCCCGCCCCGUGGACCCAGGCCAGUUGACCAUGCUGGACACCGAGCCUCGGCCUGGAGACUGUGGCAGGGAGCUCGGCGGGGCUCAGGGCGUCCGGCCAGUUGGCCAGAGGGGCUGAGACUGCAACUGGAGAGUCACCUGCGCCCAGCCUUCCCCGACGCACGAGUCCUCGCCUUGACCUUGUCCCCAGGGUAGGACGGACCACGCUGGCCCCCACAUGGGGCAAGAUACAGAGACACUUUGUGUCCCCACCAGAGCGCAGCUGAAAGCUCUUUUCUGCUCCUUGGUGGGGGUGUUUGUGUCAUGGGCAGCCCCCUCUCUGGCUGGUGUUCUGGUGUUUUAGUCUCCUCACUGCAUCCAGCUCACUCUUCAUUGCCCGCUAAGACUUGCGAACUCUCAGACGCCUCUCGGGCCUCCAUUCCUUCUCCUGUUGAGUUCCUGGUGGUUUUUGUUUGUUUGUUUUAAACAGAAGAGAUCUGUGCUGCCUCUAGGGAUUAUGGGACUGCCCUCUGGGUCAAAGCAUCUCUGGCCUGGGCCCCGGCUGACCAUUGCUCCCUAGGGGCAGGGCACACGGGUACCCACCUAUUGGAAUGACGUCAUUCCUCCCCCACCCCGGCUCUCUGCUCACCAGAGCAGGGGCGCGCCUCCUGCUCACUCCCCGGGCAGACAGUGCUGCUCCUCUCCUGCGGCUGAGACUCAGGCUCAUUUACUUCACCGUUUCCACCUUAGGAACGGCCCCAGACUCAGCGGGGCCCAAUGCAGCAGGGGCUGGCGGGCGGGCCGAAGCCUUUUCCCCUUUACUCACUCCACAGAGCAAUAGCUCCGGGAGGCAUGGCUUUGCUCCCCCUCCUUCGUCCCCCACGGGGAGGCGUCGCACUUUACCAGGCUGAUGCAUCCCUACGAGGCAGGCCCAGGCGUCCCCAGAGUCUCUGCCGAUGGCACUGGCGGAAGAGCGCGCCCUGCGUGCCUGCCGCGGGCCCGGGUGCGCAGAACUCCGCAGGAGCAAACCUUUCAGGAAGUCACAUGACUGCGCGUCGGUAGUUUCCUUACACUGAUCCUCUGGGGAAGCCGAAAGAACCGUGGCCGAAAGAACCGUGAGUUCUUGGCAGUGCUUUCAUCUCUGCCCGGCAGUCUCUCGAUUCGGAGGGACCCGCUGUCCAAGCUGCCUUCGGGAGGCAGAUUCGUUGCCUUCGUGCUGAGCGCGCGUUAGUCGAGAAAGCAGAAUUGUCGUGAAUUUUACUCCUGGCUGUCCGGGCGUGGGCAUGCCGUCCUUUGGGGCCAGUUGGUCUGUAAGAGGGGUCCUUUGAGGUGGAUGGUCUCUGGGGGCCCUGAGCUUGGCAUUCUGAUGCUUCGCCUCCACAGCCCCGUGAGGGGUGAUCAUCCCUUUUGGAAGACGCUGUCCACACAGGCUUGGGGAGUGUGUCUUCUCUGCUGCCUCGAUUGUUCUUCUGGACCUAUUUUCGGUUUUCCAGUCUAUAAAACAAGGGGGGGUAAGUUAGAUGUCUCUGUAGCCCUUCUGGCACCAACCUGGCCCGACACCCCAGGCUUUCCUGGCUCCCUGCCAGGGGCCACGCGAGGGCCUGUCCUCCCCCCUCCUCUGCUGCUCCAGCCGCCUUCUCUGUGUGCUCAGCGGGGACCGGCGUCCACCCUCGUCUGCAUCAGACCGGGCAGCCCUGUUGGAGGGCUGGGGCGCUCCUACCUUACUUUCAGGGACAGGAAUGCUUUGCUCAUAUUCCUCUUCUGGAAUUUAAUCAAUCUAAGUGCAUUCUCCACACCCCUGCCUCAGAUGUUCCACUUGAGAACCUCUUUGCAAGACCUCUUCCUGCUGCUUCUCCUGGGUCGCUGACCAGACACUAGCUUGCUUCAGGCUGCAAGCCCUCCCUUGGAGCCUCCCUGCCAUUCUUCUUCACUGGUUGGCAGCCCUGAGAGUCCAAAGGAAACUGACCGCUGUGGUGGUCAACUGAGGCUAUGGGAACCUGAGCCCGGGGCUCUGCUCGGCCGGUGGAAACUGGACACCAAGCCAUGCCUGCAAGAUCUCGCCAACAAUUCUGGUCUUUGGGCUCUGGAGCCCUGGACUCCGGUGCUGUAGCUCCUGGUGCCAAAGUCUGCAUCUUUCCACAUUUCAGCAGCACCAACAUCUGCCGCUACCCAGAAUGCCCUGUGGCGGGGGGAGGGGGGGCGGCGGCUGUGGUGCCUUCCUGCUGGGACUGUGACCUUAAAAGUCUGAGUGCAAUAGGGUUUGAUUGUAACAGUUACUUCAGGAUAUUUUGUUUCCUUAAUCGGCACACUUCCUGUUACCGCUGUAAAGUAGAUUUUAUUUUUGAACAUCCUCAGCAUUGCAGAAAAUACUAUUUGUGAUAGCAAGUGAAGGCUGGAGGUGCAGGUCCUCUCAGCCGCGGAUGGCUGGCAAGGCUGGCUCUCAAGUUCCAAAGUCGGAAGAUGCGUUUCCGAAGAGCAACCUUGAUGUGACCGUCUGGACCCGGGCCUCACCGUCGGGGUCCUGGAGGAAACUUCCAAAUAAAGGGGAGACGUGGUAAUGGAAUAGUUGCCUAAUUAAGCCAAAUAUACCUGCUGUCCCAACCAACACACCCACUGUUUGACAAGCCUCUUCUGCAGCUUGGCUCUAAGCUCCAGUUUUCCUGGCAGGUGUAUGGUUACGGGGGCUUCUUAGUGAGCCUGGGAAACCCGGUCUCCGGAGCUGCUUGGCUGGAGGGAGUAGAGCCGGCUAAAUGCCAGGCGCUGGUCUCUUCCACCUGCUGUCGCCCGUCUCUUGCCACUCGGAUACAAAGAACCACCGAGAAAGCUGCAGGGAUGGUGAGCAAAGCUGUGGCUGUUUCUGCCUUGGCCGGGCGACGACGCGCUUACAGCGUGGGUUAAAGGGAUUCGCAGUGGGGCCGGGGACGCCACCCUCGGCCGCAGGCAAGCUUGCACAUAAAUUAUUCCCCUCUGCCGGGGUCUGGGGGGGUCUGUAUUGAUCUUGAAGGGUCGUCCCGGGGCAGUUCUGGUUCUUAGUGUUUAGUAGGUCGUGCCAAGUGCCGCCAUGCUUCCCGGUGAAGGAAGGAGGGGCGCGGCCUCUGGGUCCCGCGCUGCCUUUGCUGGUGCAGGGUGGUGGUUGCUGACAGGACUGCUGCGGAGGAGCUGCUUUUCAGGAUUGUCUUUUGACCACCCCGGCUGGGGCACGGGGUUUUCCUCCAGGCCUCACAGCCAAGGUCAGAGAAAGGGGCCCUCUUUUCCUGCUGCUUCACAGCUCAGAACAUGUAUUGAAUGGAAUGUAUUUUUAAGAGAAUAAAGUCUAUUUUUUGUAUUUUAAAGAUAGUGAGGGCUAGGGAGGAAGCCCUCCAACUGUUACUGCAUUGUAGGCCCCCCGGCGGGGGUCAGUAUCUGUUAGUCCACGCCUGCUCACUCAGGCAGGUGCUCUGGCCUCGCGCCUGCCUCUCGGAGUCUGGCGCAGCGUCUUCUGCGUUCCUGCUCCGAGCCCGGGACCAAGGAGGCCAGAGCCUGUUGCUGGAAACCAGGGCGAAGCCAUGAGCAGGGACUCAGGGCCCUUGGGUGCAUGUGUAUAGCGGGGGCUGCCUGACUGCAUGUAUCCUCUGGCGCCGAUGCUGUCGGCUCUGCAGCACACAUUAUCAAUAAAGCUCCCUAGUUUCCAUGGACCGUGUGCGUGUGGUGCCGUCGUGUUGCUCUCCGCUCUGCGCGCGGCGUAGUUAAUGACAUACUCGGCCAGUCCCUGGCGCUGUGGGGGCUGGAACCGUAGCCGAGGCUCGGAAAAGGACACGUCCAGAACCCACGUGACCAUCUGCGUUAGAAUCACAGCGGCGAUUUCAUAGCCACAUUUUAUUUUCAGGCUCCUUGUCUUGUUACCAAAAAAACCCCCAAACUGAAACCCACGCUGCCCAGGCCAUUGAUGAAAAGCCCCUAACUUGAAUCGGACACACCCCAGCCCCUCCCCCAAGGUAACGAUGUACAAGAGCCGAGCUGGGGUUCGCAGACGGGUUACGGGGCUACGCAUAGCCGCCGCAGGCUGCCCUCGCCUGCUGUCGCUUACACCCCUUGCCUGUCCUGGUGGAGGCCCCACUGCUGCCAGUCACUCUGGACUAAGGACAGGGUCCUUUCCCUCCUCACCUCCCGGUCAGACCAAUAGAACAUGCCCCUUAAAUCUUUUUUUUUUUUAAUUUUUUUUAAAAUUUUUUAAUUUUUUAAAAAAGACUUACUUAUACAAGCACUGGGGUGUAGGCCAGAGGAGCAGGCGGGUGAGAGAAUUCACCAGAGACAGAGCGGGGAGCAGAACAGGCGGAUUGACGGAAAUACACUGCUGGUGGGGAGCAGCGGGUGAGGCGGGAGAGGUCUGCCACGCCAUGUGGGUUGCUUCCUGGCCGGGCAGGAAUUGAACCCGCGCUGCGGAGGCUGCCAACAGCUUCACAGUGCAGCGCUCAACCCGCUGCACUACCGGGAAGGCCCCGUCCCUUAAGUCUUAAGAAAACUUCAUGUAGGCUGACUGUAGGGCGUAGCUGACACACAGAUCUGAUUUCCAGAAUAGGGUCACUCGCACACACUAGUGCAGUAGCCUAGUCUGGUGGGGGCCCUUGGGAAUGAUGAGGUACUGUCCCCCUUGUGAGAUGUUUUUACUUUUGUAGCAAAAUGUGACUUUGCAGAUGUGACUGAGGAUUUUGAGAUGGAGAAAGGAUUUGGAUGAGACUGAAAUACAAAAUCAGAAGUAUCCUUACGAUGGGCGACGGCAGCAGAACAGGAGCAGCAGCUGUGGUGGCGGCAGCAGGGACUGAGGAAACCUCUGAAGGCAGAAGACAGCCACGAGCCAUGGGACACAGGCGGCCACUGGAAGCUACAAAAGGCAAGGAGAUGAAUGUAGUACCUAGGCCAGGAGUAGAAAGUUCCACCGCUCGUGCAGGGAGAAUGGGCAUGAGAGCUGAACGGGCCUCCAGAGGCCUAGAGUAUAGUGUUUCAUCUCGCGAAUUUUAGUUUCCCGAUAUCCUCAUGACUGAUCUGCGGCUUCAUGUCCUUAGCACACCGCCCUCAGCCCAGGGGGGAAUCGAGCCAGGGAGCCGGGGAGCCCACUGCUUCUGUCAGACCACUCUCUCCUCCUCAAAGCAUGGGGGAAUGGGCCUUUCCAAAGACGUGGCACCCAUCUAGUAUACAACCUGAAUCCCAAAGGAAAACCACGAAAGACAGGUCUAAUUUUAUAUGAAGUUUUAUUCUCAAAUAUAAAAAGACCACCACACACCAAGAGACAUGUUCUCUCGCAGCGCUCACUUGCCUCAGUCUUCACGAAGAGCACAGACUUCCACGCUAACGGGCUAGUGUCUCCCUAGCUCUAAGUCACUCAAAGCAGACACCGUCCUCCGCCAUUCACCAGGAUGAGCUCCCGCGGCUGGUGGAGACCCCGGUGCCGGCGCGGCCCAGUGGAGGCCAGUAUUGCUAGAAGAGCUUUGCUUGCACAGCAAAGGACGCACGCGGGCCUCUCCCCUUAGACCUUGGUCUCACAUGCUUGGGGACUGCUGCGCAGGGACACUUGGUGUGGCCUGGCGAGGCAGGGUAUACAUGGCUCCCAAGAACUGGUCUGCGAUCCUUCCUGCUUCUCGCAGCCCACUCAGCAGAGCACCGUGAACUGUGGCUGGGUAGUUCCGGAUUGUAUGUUCUCCAGCAAAGAAGAGUCGUGGAAUUGGCUGUUUCAGAAAAAGGGAAAAACAAAGCAGGUAGGUAGCAAAUACACCUUCUGUGCCUUUAUUUUUGUAUUUGAACUGCCAAUUCCUGUUGGCCUUUGAAGGCUGACCCCUCAAACCACUAGUUCAUCAUCCUACCAAAAAGGGUUUUCCUGUAGCGGGCAUUUUUGUAGAACUGACACUAGUAGAAAUGGGAACUCUCAGCCCAGCCUCAGGUCAAGGGUGAUGUUGAACUGUACCCGCGCUCAUCGCCAACUCUGGGGACACCCAGCUCUAGGGCACCCUUUUUCUGAGGCUGCAUCUACUGGGGCUUCCUGUCUGCUCUGACCAGACUGCAUUUGUUCUCACUCAGAAAGUUUUACCUUUCAGCUCAAGGCAGGCCUUGCCACUGAGGCCUGAGGAGCCCUUACUGUUCUCUGGAACAGGGUCUGGCCUCAUCCAAGUAAGGGCCCGUGGUUAUUUCAUGCCCCAAAGGUCCCUCCUAGUUAGGAGCCUGUCGACCAUUUUACAAGCUGGAGUUAAAUUUAAAAUGCUUGUGGUUUAUUUUUUUCAGGGAUUAAAAAAAAACAAAUUAAGGAAAAACUGGUUUUUACUUUUCCAUUCUGAACAGAUUGCCUAAAUUUACAAAGCCAGAAUGUGAAAAAUCAGAUCUAAGUAACCUUCCCUGUUGCUGUGGGGUUCUCUGAACCAAUCUCGAGGCUAAAACUAAAAUCUAGGGACAGCAGCAGCACCCUGAGAUCCCGGCCUCUUCCAAAAUAAGCCCAUGAGCACUUUGCCAGUUUCUCACCUGGGGGGCACCUGGAAUAGAGGGGCCAGGAGUGAUGGGCUGAGCCAUUAAAUCGUAGUCGUUUCCAGAUGACCCUGCAGCUACAUAAGAAUAGGAGCCCCGGGCCCAGGGAUCAGCACGCCAGCGAGACACCACAGUUUCUUUGGGCUAUAGGAAAAAACCACAAACAGAAGCCAUUACUGGACGCCAAGGAUGAACCAGUCCUCUGAAAGGUGGAAAGGCGUUG